AUGAAGUUUACAACCGUGCUCGCCUUUGCCCUCCCGGCACUCACAUAUGCCUUCCCGGCCAUGAUGGGUGCUUCGUCGAGGGCUGAUCUGGAAGACGCCUUGAGGGAACAGCUCAAGCGCGAAGCCGCUGCUGAACCUGAGCCUCAAAUCACCAAUGUUAUUGGUAACUUGGUCGGCUCCCUGGGUGACACUGUUGGUGGACUCCUCAACUCCGUCGGCAACGCACUCGUUGUAGCGAGCAACAAGCGACCUGAACCUGGUUACACAUUCAAGGCACCGGGUCCCGGCGACUCUCGUGGUCCUUGCCCAGGCCUGAACUUGCUUGCUAAUUACGGAUACCUGCCUCGCAACGGUUUUGUCAACUUCGGUCAGGUCUUGGAUGCUACUUCCAGGGGUUUCAACAUGGGUACGGACCUUGCAACGGUCCUUGCCACCUUCGCUGUGCUGGCGAACGGUGAUAUCGAUACCCAGUCUUUCUACCUGGGAUCUGGGAAGAACGGCGUUGGCGGCCUGAACAGACACUCUACCGUCGAAGCCGAUGUUUCUCCCACUCGUGAGGACUACUACAAUGGCUGCGGUGACAACCACCACUUGUCAUCCCGUCUUGUAAAGCAGUUGGUCAAGUACGUCGACCAGGACCCCAAGAAAGAGUUCUCAAUGGACGCUAUGGGAAAGCAGUAUGCCGAGACCGCUGGCUUUUCCAAGAACAACAACCCUUUCCUGUACUACUUCCCCUUCCCCCAGAUCGUCUCUGUGGGUGCUUUCGCCUUCUACCCCAACUUCUUCUCCAACGGUACCUACGGUGCUGGUGGCGUUGCUAACGCCAAAUCCAUUUUGAGCAUCAUCGGUGCCAGCUUCGACAAGUCGACAGGCGAGUUUACCUAUGUCCCCGAGAGGUGGCCCGAGAACUGGUACCGCCGCGCCACUCCUUACGGCGCCGUCAACACACUCACUGACGGGUUUUUGAAAAUCUACCCCCGCAACAUCAUUGUGCCCGGAGUCGCUCAGUUUGGCACUGCGAACUUAAAUGCCCAGACUAUUCUUUGCGAUUUUUACCAGGGCAUCAACUCCAUUACUCCCCUCGUUAUUGGUGGCACUGAAGAGCGAGUUGCUAAGGGUAUUAGCUGGGCUUUGAGCGUACUUGUGCCUGCGUUCGGCGGCACUGCUGCUGGCUGCCCUGACAAUGUUAUCGCCCCCAACUUCCUAUAUCCUCAGUCCCAGACCCAAGGCGGGCCUACCACCCCUCCUCCAGUCAAGGCUGACGGUAAUACUGGUGACAACGUCUACAACAAGGUCUACUUCAAGACCGCCCCUACCAAUCCUACCUGCAAGACUUAA